ACACUCGGAUCUUGUCAAACAUGGCAGCGAAGGGAGGAAAACAGAGCUGUUCAGGCUCCGGACCUUCAUGUAGGAAAGGUGCCGGGGGACAGGAGGAGGAGGAGCAGCAGCCGCUCCAGGCUGUAUUAGUUGCAGACAGCUUCAACCGGAGGUUUUUCCCGGUGACCAAAGAUGAACCACGGGCUUUACUGCCGCUGGGUAAUGCUGCCAUGAUUGAUUACACUUUGGAGUUCCUCACCUCUACUGGGGUGCAAGAAACAUUUGUCUUCUGCUGCUGGAUGGCCAGUAAAAUCAAAGCCCACUUGCUGAACUCAAAGUGGUGCCGAGCCAGCUCUCCAAACACGGUCCACAUCAUCACCUCAGACCUGUACCGCUCGCUGGGAGAUGUGCUCAGGGAUGUGGAUGCAAAAUCCCUCGUGCGAUCCGAUUUUGUGUUGGUUUAUGGAGAUGUUGUGUCAAAUGUUGAUAUCAGCCAGGCACUGCAGGAGCACAGGCAUCGGCGGAAGACGGAGAAGAACAUCUCAGUGAUGACCAUGAUCUUUAAGGAGUCGUCWCCGGGUCACAGGUCACGCUGUGAGGAAGAUGAUGUCGUUGUAGCUGUGGACAGUGGGAGCCAACGGAUCUUACACUACCAGAAGACUCAAGGGCAGAAGAAGCUACAGUUUCCUAUGAACAUUUUUCACAGUGGGAGUGAUGAGUUUGAAAUCAGACAUGACCUCCUAGACUGCCAUAUCAGUAUCUGCUCACCACAGGUUGCUGAGCUCUUUACAGAUAAUUUUGACUACCAAACUAGGGAUGACUUUGUCCGAGGGAUAUUAGUCAAUGAAGAGAUCCUCGGCAAUCAGAUCCACAUGCAUGUCACCAAAGAUGGCUACGGCGUCCAAGUAUCCAACUUACUCAUGUACGACUCUGUGUCGUCGGACCUUGUGCGGCGAUGGUUCUAUCCCAUUACGCCCGAGUCCAACUUCACAGACCAGGAGGGGCGUAGCUGCACGUACUCUCGUCACAAUGUGUACCGGGGUUCUGGAGUCAGCCUGGGACACGGCAGCCAGAUGGAGGAGAACGUUCUCAUCGGCUGCGACACCAGCAUCGGUGCCAACUGCAGCAUCUCUAACAGUGUCAUCGGUGAUAACUGCACCAUUGGUGACGGUGUAAUCCUGGACCAUGCCUACAUCUGGAAUAAUGUUCACAUCGCCAGUAAUGUGGUGAUCCGGCAGUCUGUGGUUUGUGACAAGGCUGAAGUCAAAGAGGGCGUGACCCUGAAUAAACAGUGUGUUCUGGCAUUUAACGUGGUUAUAGGACCGAACAUGUCUCUACCAGAAGGAACUGUUGUGUCUAUGCACCAUCCAGAUGAGGAAGAGGAAGAUGAUGAUGAGUUUCUCAGCGAUGAUGCUGAGGUUGGUCAGAGGAAGGAGAAAACCAAACAGAAAGUUUUCAAUCCAGCAGAGGUUGGAGCAGAAGGAAAAGGUUACAUCUGGAAGGCCAGCAGUCUGGAUGAGACUGAGGAAGAGGAGCUGUCACAGUGUCUCUGGGGUUUGGUGCUGAACCCGGAUCCUGACAGCGACAGUGAGGACAGUGAGCUUGAUGGUCCUGAUGAUCCAGUGAUCCCGUCCCCUGAGAUGGACGAUGUCAAUGUCUUCCAGGUGGAGGUUCUCGGGACUCUGCAGAGAGGUUUGAAGGAGAACAUCAGCUGCGAUAAUCUCGUGCUCGAGAUCAAUUCUCUAAAGUACGCCUACAACAUCAGUCUGAAGGAGGUGAUGCAGAUUCUGACUCGAGUGGUGUUGGAGUACCCUUUCCAGCUGCAGGGUUCAGCUCURAGUGCUUCACAAUAUGUUGCUCUGCUCCUACCGUUAUUGAAGAGGUGGGCCCCAGUUUUUAAGAACUAUGUGAAGAGGGCUCAGGACCACCUGGACUGUCUGUCUGCCUUUGAGGAGCAUUUUCUGGAGCAGGAGAGCCACUGGGCUGCGAUGGCGGAGGUCUUGAUGGACUUGUACCAGCAGGAGAUCCUGGAGGAGGAGAUGAUUCUGCGCUGGUUCUCUCAGGAAGCCACAACAGACAAAAGCAGGCAGCUCCGGAAGAACCAGAGGCUUCAGAAGUUCAUCCAGUGGUUGGAGGAGGCCGAGGAGUCUUCAGAGGGAGAAUAAAAAGGAAAGAAUGUGUCCUCUGACUGGACAGAGUUCAAUCUGUAACUAUUUCAAAAUAAACUGUUAAUAAAGGGAUUUAAGUUGUUUUGACCCUCCA